AUGCAAGUAUGUUUAUCAACGAUACAAUUUGAAAAUUUUAUUAGUACAUUCCUCAAUCGAGUAUUUCGAAUGAUCGAACUAUUAUCAACAGAUAUUUCCGAUGCUGAAAUGAUUACUGACGAAGUUAACAAUGAAAAUAGAAGUAUUGAAUUAUUACUCCAAUCAAUUCUACUCAACAUUGUUCAACAAUGUAGUAGCAAAAUCUAUCAAUUGGUUCUAGAGAAGAUAACACAUUUUCGUGCUCUCAAGUGUCUCUUACCUAAAACAUAUAAAUCCAUUGAACAGAUCAUGAUUAAUGUCGACACAACUGAAGCAUUCAUCAAUGGUAAAGAAAAUCUUGAAGUUAUCUGGCAUUUAGCUCUUUUCUCUGAACUUGUUCAUGCUCGUGAUGAUGUUCUACUUAUCUACCAACAAAUGAUUAUGUCAAUUUUUCAUCGAUGCAUUCCUAUCAUGCCCAAGAAAACAUACGAAAUCGUGGCUAAUGCAGCCAGUUAUUUACUCAAAUCACUCACUCGUGUAUAUCCAAUUUUUUGUCAAUUCGAGUAA